AUGGGAUGGAUGCUUAAUGUAUGUAUUGAUUUGACAUGGUCAUCGCCUUUGACGCAGACUGGUAUGAUUGAAUUUGUGCCUAAUCAUGCAAUGGUUGAGGCUGCACAACGUAAACGGGAUAAGUAUAUAGCUAAAUGUGCAGAUAUUAAAUAUAGGUUUAUCCCCUUUCCAUUAUCUUCAUUUGGAAAACUUGAGAAUGAUGCAUUGACCCUGGUCAAGCAAAUCAGGAAGUUCUCAGUUAUACAAGACAUUGGAGCAUAUUUUGAGGCAUCCAAUUUUUCACAAGAGUUUGAAGAUGAUCUUCUAAGAGAGAUUAUCAACGACGAGUCGCCAUUCCUUUUAAUGCCUCAAGAAAUCACUAGUGAUUCUUUCGAUAGUACCUCCUUAAACAAUCUCAUAUCGAACUUAUACUCUGGCCCUACAAUAACCGAUAUUGAAGCAGCAUUGUCGGCUUCAAGUUACACAGAUAAUACUCACGGCGAUUCUUCAUUGUUAGAUAGGAUAUCUUCGGAAAUGGAGAGAACAGGAGGGAGUAGGGUUGACAACAAGUAUAUACUACAUAUAAAAGGCAAUGGGAAUAAUGUAAUGGCUGAUGAUGGUUAUAAAUGGCGCAAGUAUGGUCAGAAAGCUAUUAAGAACAGCUCUAACCCAAGAAGUUAUUAUAAGUGCACGAACCCACGAUGUGGUGCGAAGAAACAGGUUGAGCGAUCAAAUGAAGAUCCAGACACAUUAAUCAUCACUUACGAAGGACUUCACCUUCAUUACAUGUACCCAUUUUUCGUAUUUGGUCAGUCGUCGGACAAUCCUUAUAACCCGCCUACUAAAAAGUCAAGAAAAUUCAACGUCGAGUCAGGGGUGCAUCAACAACAACCAACCAAAGACCCCGAAGAAGAAAGCAUAACAAGACAUGACGAACAACCCACGAUAUUGACAAGUCGUUAUGAUCAAGAUGCGACACAUGAAGAAGUCGCGAUAAGUUCACAAGGAUUGCUUGAAGAUAUGGUUCCAUUAUUCAUUCGGAAUCCUAUGAACUAUACAACAAAUUCAUCGAAAUCUUCUUCUUCGUCAUCUUAUCCUUCUCCUCCGAAUUCUCCUUCAUUUUCAUGGUCCCCGAUAUAUUAUUGAUGCUAAAUUUUUAAGUA